CUCCAACGAUGUUUCUGAAUCCGAUCGUGGUAAUCUUAAAACUGAACAACCAACCAAUAACCCUGAAACAAACAAUUCCGGCAUAUAUAACUCUAUGUCUAACUCCACAUCUAACUCUACGCCUAACUCUAUGCCUAACUCCACAUCUAACUCCACAUCUAACUCCACAUCUAACUCCACGUCUAACUCUUCUAUGCCUAACUCUAUGCCUAAAUCUACGUUCAACUCUACUAUGCCAAAAUCUAUAUCUAACACAUCUAACUCUACAACAUUGAAAAAUAAUCGCCAAAAAAAUAAAGAUUUUAAAAGCUCUUUCAAAAGUUCUAUCUCUUCCAAAGGUUCUUCAAAAGGUUCUUCCAAAGGUUCCUCCAAAAGAAGAGAUCGUCUGAAUGUUCCUACUGGUAACUUCAAUUAUAUCAGAGACAAAGACGAAGAUUACGAUAAUCCGGAAAUUUGA